AUGACGGCCUCGAGUGACUCUUCAUCGAUUACCGUGGCCGUCCGCGUCAGGCCCUUUACCAUCCGCGAGGCCGCCCAGCUUGCUAAGUGCGAAGAUGGCCCUCUUUUCCUCGGUGAUGGCUCUCUAGCUGGAGCUCCGACUCCAAAGCUCAACCAGAAAGGCAUCCGCUCCAUUGUGAAAGUCAUUGACAAUAGAUGCCUUGUGUUCGAUCCACCGGAAGACAAUCCCGUCCAGAAGUUCUCCAAGAGCGUUGUUCCCAAUGGUAAACGUGUCAAGGAUCAGACUUUUGCCUUCGACCGCAUUUUCGAUCAGAACGCAUCUCAAGGCGAAGUGUACGAAUCAACGACUCGAACCCUUCUCGACAGUGUCCUCGACGGCUACAAUGCCACGGUGUUUGCUUAUGGCGCGACCGGCUGUGGAAAAACUCAUACAAUCACUGGAACGGCACAGCAACCGGGUAUCAUCUUCUUGACGAUGCAAGAAUUGUUCGAACGCAUCGAAGAACGAUCUGGCGAAAAGGCAACCGAGAUCUCGCUCUCAUACCUUGAGAUUUACAACGAAACAAUCCGUGAUCUCCUUGUUCCUGGGGGCAGCAAAGGAGGCUUGAUGCUCCGGGAAGAUUCCAACAAAUCUGUCUCGGUCGCUGGGCUGUCGAGCCACCACCCACAGAGCGUACAGGAAGUCAUGGACAUGAUCAUGAGAGGCAACGCAUGUCGGACGAUGUCCCCAACAGAGGCCAAUGCGACCUCUUCGAGAUCGCACGCGGUGCUUCAGAUUAAUAUCGCCCAGAAGGAUCGCAACUCUGACGUGCACGAACCUCACACUAUGGCAACGUUGAGUAUCAUUGACCUUGCGGGAAGUGAGCGCGCCAGCGCCACUAAGAACAGGGGUGAGAGACUUUUCGAGGGUGCAAACAUCAACAAAUCGCUCCUGGCUCUGGGAAGCUGUAUCAAUGCACUUUGUGACCCUCGGAAAAGGAACCAUGUCCCCUACAGAAAUUCCAAGCUCACGCGUCUGCUGAAGUUCUCUCUCGGCGGCAACUGCAAAACGGUGAUGAUUGUGUGCGUGAGUCCGUCGAGUCAGCAUUUCGAUGAAACCCAAAACACCCUGCGCUAUGCGAACAGGGCGAAGAAUAUUCAGACCAAAGUUACGAGAAAUGUAUUCAAUGUCAAUCGCCAUGUUAAGGACUUCCUGGUGAAGAUCGACGAGCAAAUGGCCUUGAUUAAUGAACUCAAGGCUCAGCAAAAGGAUUACGAGAAGGUCGCUUUUGCGAAAUUCAAGAAGCAGACAGAGAGGAAGGAUGCGGUCAUCCGCGAAGGUGUCGCCCGUAUUCGCAACGCCUACGAGCAUUCCCUGCCAGAGAGACAGGAAAGAACCAACAAUAUGAUCAAAUUGAGACAGAUCAGCCGCAGGAUCGGCAUGCUGUCUUCCUGGAUUGCCGCGUUUGACAACGUGUGCGCCAACUCCGAGGACGAGCAGGCCUUGUCAAACCUCUCUGCUAUCCGCAAGACAGCCCAGGGAAUUCUUCUUGAGUUGGAAGGAAGUCGACAACAUUACCACCAGCGGUUGGCGAGGAGCAGCUGGGAUCGCAGUAUGAAUUCUGCUGUCGAGAACGCCGUUCGUCAGCUCCAGGAGUUUGACAUCAGUGAUAACAGCGAUUCCUCCAACCUCUAUCGGGAGGCCGAGCUACUGAGGUCUAACACCGAGCGUGAGGCUCUGUCCGCGGUAGCAGAGCAGGAGAAGGCUGGAGAUGUGGCAACGGUGCAGCUGUUGCUCCAGGCCCAUUUCGAGACGAUUUCCUCGAUUGAGAAUAUCAUGCAGCUCACUGAACAGGAAGCGGUCGAGACAGGGAAGAAGAUCCUCUCGAAGAUGUUGAACUCUUGUGCCGUUGCAACCUCCAAUGUCGUGAAGCCGGAUGGCAAUGUGUUGCCAGCUCAGACAUUCAGCCCCGUCAAAGCCAGCCCUGCUAAGCCGAAGAAGAGAGUGAGUCUGGCCCAUCCUUCUGGCAGCAAGACUCUGGGUGCUCCGAUUUCUCUCGCUCCAGCGGCACCCCUCUCGCCCACGAAGGGUUCUCCUCGACGCCGUAAGAUAGGAGCUGGUCGAAAGAGCGUCAGCUUCUCCCCAAAGAAGACGGCCUCGAAGGCCGCGAAGAGAAGCGUCCGCUGGAAGGAUGAUGAGCAGGAUGGCACCUUGACAGAGUUCCAGAAGACACCACAGAAGCCAGAAACAGCGCCGGAACCAGAAGAUAGCCCGAGCGAACCUCCGUUGCCCCGGACUUCACCUGUUCCUCGAGGUCUUCCCGUCCCGAGUCGAAACUUCAGUCCGAUGAAUGGCUCUUCACCGAUUCCAGCGCCUCCCGAACCGACCCUGAAUAUCCAAAAGAACAACCGGUUUAAGGCUGGGUUCUUGUCCAAGAAGACCGGUAGUUCCCCGAUUGCACCAGCUCCUUCCGCCAGUCUUCCACUCUCCGAUAAUGAAAACUCGCCCCUCCGUGAUAUCGAGAACAGCAGCUUUCUCAAUCGCGCUUCUAUUGACCGUCCAUCGAGAAUCGCGGUCCGUACCUCCAGCGGAAGCUAUUCUAGCAGCCCUGUGUCCGACAGCAAAGAAUCAUGGAAAGCAAAUAAGGAUGAUGCCAUCAAGAUUAACUCCGCAAUGAGGCGCAUUUCGGGUGGACAAUUUGGUAUCGGUGCUUCCACUAAUACCCUCCGGGUCCAUCGUCGACGAAGCCCAGGAUCCGCCACCUACGGAAGCUCGCCAACCGAAAACACCAUGAACACGAUGUUCACUUCGCAAGCGAGACGCAUCGGCAAGGGGGAGAAAGAACAAGAGUUCAAGCCCAGGGUGUUGAGCCCGCGGACCCUUCCUAUCAUGAAGAAUACGGGACGGCGCACGACAUUUGGAGGUGAUUUCCGUCCCCGAGACAUUAGCCUCACCAGCCGGGAUGCUAUCAGACUCAGCUCUGCGGCCGCUCCUAAUCUCGAAAGGACAACCUGA